AUGAAGUUCAUUUUGCAACGAGGAAUUUCCGUGGCCUUUGUUCGGCUUUUAUUUAGUGAAAUUCUGCCACUACUCCUGGCAGCCAGUGCAGCAAUCACCGCAAACAGACAUGAGAAAAGUAAAUCAGUCUUGUCGAAGAGACACGAUAAAAGAGGCCUUUUGAAUCUCGAGUAUGGUCUGCCUCCUCCUGGACAUUUGCAUAGUCAACUUGAACCAGCACCCGUCUUCGAAGGUCAUGUUCCUGAGUACGCAGGACAUUUUGAAGCUGUACCAGCACCACCGCCUCUUCCGCUACCUGCAGCUCUAGCACACCCAGUUGUUUACCAAUUAAAACAAAUUCCAGUUCCAGUAGUGCAACCUGUUGCUCCUCCAGUGGCAGUACCACUGCCGCAGCCUGUUCUUCCACAUCCGGUUCCAGUGGCAGUUCCUGUGACCAAGCACGUGGCAGUGCCUGUAGCUGUAGAUCGACCAGUUCCAGUACCAUUCGCGGUUCCAGUCCCGAAACCGUAUCCGGUCCACGUUGAGAAGGUGGUGCACGUCGACAGACCGGUACCGGUACCGAUUGAAAAGCACGUUCACGUGCCGGUCGAUCGUCCGGUGCCUGUUCCUGUUCCAGUACCGAAACCCUAUCCCGUUCAUUUCGAAAGGGUGGUCCAUGUGGACAGACCAUAUCCUGUCCACGUUGCAGUCCCGUAUCACGUUCCUAAACCUUAUCCCGUACCAGUUGCCGUCCACGCUCACAAACACCACGGUUGGUUCAAGUAA